AUGGUGGUCGUGAAGAGCGAGUCCGGCGAUCACCUAGCCGGAUUACUGGGUGAAGUACUGGACGCUCUGUCACUGUCCCUGCGUUUCAACUACAGCCUAGAGUUGGCGGCCGACCGAGCACUAGGCUACGUGUUUCCCAACGGCACAGCCACGGGUCUCAUCGGCCGGCUCCAACGUGAUGAGGCCGACGUGGCCAUGGCCAUGAUGGUUCCGUCGAACGAGCGAAAUCGGGCGGCGAGAUACACGGCGCCCGUCUACUCGGACGAAAUCACCAUCCUGGCAGCCGUGCCGACGGACAGCGGCGCCGCGGGAUCUUUCGGAUUUCUACGGGCAUUCGACACGACCGUGUGGCUAUGCAUUAUGGCGUCCCUGGUCGUGUGCUGCGUCUUCGUGGCGGCGGCCGACAGCGAGCGAAAAGCUCAAGGCUUCCUGCGACGUAGUGCUCACCAUUUCUUGUGUCUGCUGAGCAACCUCUUGCAACAAGGUGGAGGCGAGGACGUGCGUGGCCAGCGUUACCUCGCUGUGCGGUCACUGCGCGUGGUGUGGUGGCUGUCGGCGUUGGUGUUGGCGUACGCAAUGGCGGGCCAGAUGAAGGCUUGUCUCUCCAUCCGCUCAGAGGGUGCACGCAUCGAGAGCAUCGAUGACUUGGCGCGAAGGCCUGACGUGCGGCCGUUGCUCUUCACGAACAGCAUCCUCGUGGCCAUGCUCAGCAGCUCGGAUCGUGCCGUGUGGCGCAGCGUGUGGCGCAUGGUUGAGCGCCACGCGGGUCAAGUGUCCAUCGACGAACUGUACCGGCCCGCCCACCUGGCUCAGGUGGCCAGCGGCAGAGCUGUGGUGCUGUCCGACCGCACCAGUUUCCGCUACGUGGUCGGCCGCAGCUGCGGACGCUAUCCGCAGGCGCAGUUUUACGUGGCCCGCGAACCCAUCAACACUCUCUCCUUCGGGUUGUACGUCAACGCGCGGCUGGACCCACGUUUGCGCCGCGCCCUGGACCAGAGGCUUGGAUGGCUUCGCGAGUCCGGCCUGAUGGGUCUGUGGACGGAGCGCAUGCUUCCCGAUUGGGGACGCUGUGCGCAACGCCAGAGGAGCUUCCAGCCGUUGGGACUGAAGGACGUGCACGCCACCCUCGUGUCGGCGGCGCUGCUGGGCUCCGUGAUGCCGCUCCUGGUUCUGAUGGCCGAAAUACACAUGGGACGCAGGCCACAGCCGCCGACUGUACGGCGGGCGAAACGCAGUCGCUUAUGGAAGUAG